AUGGCUGCUGUUGCCCCCAUGGAUUUGAUUACGCAAGGCGGGAGUGCUUCCAUUCCCUUGCGGUGCACUCUGUGCCCCAAGAAGCCCAACUUCUCCGACCUCUCUCACCUUCUUACCCACAUCUCUUCCAAGAGCCAUCUCGCCCAUCGUUUCAAAGCCGAACUGAAGGCGAGGGACAAUGAAGAGGCUCAAGACGAGGUUCGACAGUACGAUCAAUGGUGUGAGCGUUAUGGGAUCAACGGGCUUCUUGCGGAGCGGAUGGCUGCAAAGGAGCAGAAGAAGACAGGCAGGAGGGGAGGAAAGCAGCCAAACACAGCGCAGAACAACAAGCCGCGUGUUGGGACCAGCCGCCAGGAUUUGAUCAAGCCUGAACCUGAAGCAUACGGCGAGCCUCCGUCGACCAUGGGCCACUGGCCUGCUGACACAGUACCUUUCCAGGAUGGGCGCCAUGGACAUUUUGACAACACCGGCUAUGGAACCCCGCCUAUGAAACGUUCUCUGUCUGACGGGUCAACCCCAGUUACGCCAGAGAACGAGAUCCGCGCAAAGUAUUACCGGAGGUGGCCUUCGGAGACGGCAACUACGGACAGUGUCCCUGCUUCCGAUCUUCCUUCUGAGAGCACCGAGUUCUUUGAUGAUGACACGGACAUCAGCAAGUUGAAAGGCGUGAAAUACCCCGGCAUGGGGUUGUUCGACUCGGCGGACGAUACGCAGAGGCGGAUGCGUAACCAGCGCAAAGACGACUCCGUCUUGAAGCAGAUGGAGGAGACAUCGUAUGGCAUCGAACCAAACGAGGUCAUUUGGGAGAAUGGCGAGUUCCAGCGCGUUCGCGACAUCUAUGCAACUCCUUCCGUUGAAGGAAGUCCGGACCGUACGUUCGAGGAUGAUGAUGCUCCCAAGCGGAAGCGAGCUCGUCGUGGCGGAGCUGCUGCAGCGCCGAUGAGGGCGUCGGGCAGAGUUGCUCGCCAGCGGACAUCUCGCAGCAAGGGCACCCAUGGCGAAAAUGAGAACGACAGCAACAGAGUCGUCCAAUCAGUUGAGGGCUUUGACGUCUUUCGGGACCCUCCCAGGCCCGGUUCUACCCGGGACCAGAGCCCUCCAAAGGAGUCUGGAUUCGGCCUUCGCCGUCGUCCUGCCCUUCAGGGCAUGAACUCCAACUUUGCCAUGGGAUCCUCUGCAUUGAAAGCCGAGAAACCCAUGUCGUACAUUUCCGCGCGCGGGUCUGGGACUGCUUCGUUCACAUCCCAGUCUCACGUUCCCGACAGCCACUAUUUCCAGCAUCAGCAUACAAUGGGCACUGGCACGUUGAACCCUCUGUGCGUCACGGCCAGAAGUGCGCUUUACAGCUCGUAUGGCUUUUCGGGUUAUGGCAAUGAGCCGAAGUCGUCGGCGACCAACUUUUCGGGACUCGGCUCGAUGGAUCUGGGAGACAUGUCAUUCAACGGCUAUGGCGGACCUUAUGCCCCGCCGGGUUCAAUCCACGACCGUGUCGACCAAGAGUUCGACAUCUAAUUCUGGCGAAAGACGGAAAGACAAGCCGGUUCCGCCGCAUCUCCUUCAUAGUUGAGAUGUUACAUUCUUACACCUCACUAUGUGUGUAACAUUACGAACACCAAGUUGCUAUCUCAUUGCUCCGGAGCAACGCAAGGCGGAUUCUUGGUCCGCUGGUUUGCGGCUAGCAGAGUCGCUGCUGCAGAGAGGAAUCCAUUCAGCGCGAUGUUGGACGGUGUAAGAAUAGGCCACGGAAAGGGCGCAUAGGAGGCUUGGGAACAGGGCCGAUCGAUCAUCGGGGAUGGCGCCCAGGAAGCAUGAUCUUUUUUCUUCGUUAUCCCCUAUUUUCUACAUAUUCGCAAGGCCUCAAGGACUCGGGGACAACCUUCAUUCCUAAUUGGGUCGUAUUUAGCACAGAACCUUGGUCGAUAACUGGCUACAG